AUGUCUUCACAAGAUCAACAAUUACUAGAGCAAGCAAGAAAAUCAAAAAAGCUUACGUUGAGUCAAGUAACCACCAAUGUAGAAGUAACCCAAUCACUCUACGAUGAAGUGUUAGAAGGUGUUGUAAGAAAUGUAAAGAUGGGUCCUUUUAAAGCUACUAGUGGGAUUGAUUUGCCUUACUAUUUAAAUGCAAGUACAAAUUUCAUGGAUAAGAAAGUAGCUCCAAAGAUUGUGGAAAUUUUAGGUCACUAUCUCAUUCAUCUCCAACAAACAUUACCAUGUUUUAAGCCUGAAAAUUUACCAGAUUCUCAAAAAGACCUUUCCAAACAACCACUGGUUUUGGUUGGAAUGGAACUCGCUGGUGGCAUGCUGGUGAGUCAAUUUGCUGCCGUUGCAUCGACUUUGCAUGAGAAGCAAGGUUCAAAAACUGUUUAUGAGGCCUAUGACUUUUUAUAUGUUAGAAAAAGUAGAAAAUCCACAGGAACUUGUCAACAAUUAGAAGGAGAACAAAAAUUCACAUCAAGAACUCCCGAUUCACCUGUGAUUUAUGGAGUUUGGGUGGAUGAUGCUCUCUCCACAGGAACAUCGCUGUUAGAAGGUAUCAACAUGUUAAAGAAUGAUUACAAUAUUGAAAUUAAGGCAGCUCUCUAUUUGGUCGAUCGAAGUCAGGAUCGUAAAGAUUUACCUCCUGAAAAACAAAAGUUGGCAGAUCCAAUAUUUUCUCAAGUUGAAAUUUUCUCCGUGUUUGAUUUGGAAGAUGUGGAUCAACGAAUUGAGCAAAAGAAGAAACAACAAUAA